UGCGUGAGGCCGACUAGAGCCAGAGACAGAGCCAGAGCCAGUGGCAGACUGGUCGCCGCCGAGAAGCAUUGCAUUAAAGUUGUUAACAAAUACAUACGAAUAAUUUACAAUACAAAAAACAUACGUUGUAUCUUAGCAGUUAACCAGUUUUGGAUAUUAGCUAUGAAAUCGUUUCUUGCAAUAAUACUUUGUUUUCUAUCGAUCGCUGGCCUUCAAUACUUUUCAAUUCGAUUUCGUGUAUCUGCGUAUGGGGCAACGUUGGAUCCAGUAUCUUAUGCACCGUUUACAUUUCAGCGGCAAAAUAUUAAACAGGAAGCGAAAACAUUUCAAAUAGUCAAUGAGUGGAAAUACAUUGACUUCGAGUAUCCCACUUUCGUGGAGCGACAACUGGCGAUAAUGAAUGGCGAUUUCAACCCAAAGAAUAACCUACCUUUGGGAAUCGAUGUCUACCGCAACCGGCUGUUUAUCACAACUCCGCGAUGGAAGGAUGGUGUGCCAGCCAGCUUGGUGACCGUGCCCUACCCGACAAAGGAGAUAAGUCCCCCAGUCCGUCCGUAUCCCAACUGGCAGGCACACAGCAGUCCCUACAAUCCCGACUGCUCCAAGCUGAUAUCGGUUUACCGCACCACAGUCGAUGCUCAAUGCAACCGACUGUGGAUGAUCGACUCUGGCAUUGUGAAUGCCACAAUCAGCUUAAACCAAAUCUCCCCGAAGAUUGUGGCCUUUGACUUGAACACUGACGAAAUGGUCGUCCGCUAUGAGCUGCCACCUUCGCAAGUCAAGCAGGAUUCAUUGCACUCCAAUAUUGUGGUGGACGUCAGGAAUGGCAAUUGCCUCGACGCCCACGCCCUUGUCACUGAUGUGUGGCGCUUCGGAAUAGUUGUCUAUAGCUUGGAGAAGAACAGAAGUUGGCGAGUGACCAACUACAAUUUUGCGCCCAAUCCAGUGGCCUCUGAUUUUAAUGUCUAUGGAUUAAACUUCCAGUGGUUGGAUGGCGUCUUUGGCAUGAGUCUCACCGAAGAUCGUCGCUUGUACUUCCAUCCGAUGGCCAGCUUCAAGGAAUUCAUGGUGUCUGUGGAUCUGCUGUUGAAUGAAUCUCUGUGGACAAAUGGCACUGUCGACACCUCAAAGCUGUUCAUUGCAGUUGGCGAUCGAGGAUUCAAUGGGCAAUCCUCCACAUCGGGAAUUGCCAGAAAUGGCGUCAUGUUCUACACACAAGUGCAUCGUGACAACGUUGGGUGUUGGGACACAGCCAAACCAUAUACAAGAGCCAACUUGGGAUCCCUUCUCGAUGCUGAUAACUCAACGAUGUUGAUCCAAUUUCCCAACGAUCUGAAGGUGGAUCACAAAGAGAAGCAAGGCGUGUGGGUGAUGAGCAAUCGUCUUCCGAUUUACCUAUACAGCCAACUGGAUUACGGAGACAUCAACUUCAGAAUUCUGAGAGCAGACGUUGAGGAUAUUAUUGCCAACUCUGUCUGCAAUCCAAUAUCCGAAUCGGCGAAUAACAACAAGUUCGCAUUGGUUUCGAUCGAAGAGGGUCAAUGCUAUUAAAUGGAAUUCAAUUCAUUUCAAAUCGAAUUUGCAUCUACAAAUAUAAUGCCAAAGUAUGCCUUUUAAUCCUCUUCAUUACCGUAAAGUAUGUCAAUAACAUUUCACAGUAUCAACAAUAAAAUGAGCGAGCAUUGAGAAAA